CGCUAUAUCUGAGUGAACCAGAUUACCAUUUUACAUGAGAUUUACAAGGUUUGAGCAAAGUCCAACCCUUUUCAUCACAACACAGUAGUCUAAAACCAUGAAAGGCAGCGGGUGAUAUGCAUUCCCUCAAAAAAAGAAAAAAAACAAACAAUACUUUUAAUUUUAAAAGCAUUUGGCAUUCUUCCUUUGUUCACUCUUUUAACAGCAGCAGUUUUUGCUUUGCUAAGGUGUGAUCUCAUCAUCCUGGCUCCAUGRUACCUCACCUCCCUGUAGCAGCAUUGCUGCGUUAUCACUCCCAAAUAGAGAAACAUGCAUGUUCUCACACUGAGCGGCGGUGGAGGGGUGUAGAAAGAGCUUUAGGGCUCUUCUCAUUUCUAUUCCAGAGUAUAUGUGCCCAUCUUUAACAGAGUGUGUGUAUGAUGGUGUGUUCACAGGAGAGACGAGCAGAGAGGGAGAGAGACAGCAAGCCAGAGGAGGCGAAGGGGAGGGAGGACAGAUCAUGCAUGUGCAUUAACUCAGCUCCAGCGGCAGCAGCAAACAGAAACAGCAGCAGCACAGGAGGGAAGGAGAGAAAGAGACAGACAAGGAGGGAGAGUUGGAGGGAGGCUUAGGAACAAAAGCUGCAGAGAGCUGCUUUAUUUCUCGGCUAAAAGAACAGCGGAGGUGUAACACAAAAAGGAGGAGGUGAUCAUGAUAGUAGUGAGACAAUAACCGAGGAGAGGAGGUACAUUGUUAGUCAGAGCUCUUCUCUUCUCUGCUCUCCAUGUUCUUGGGGACUCAACACUCCACUGCCUUCAUCUCUCCAAACCCAGAAGAGGAUGUCCGUGUCAGGAAAGAAGGAGUUUGACGUGAAACAGAUCCUCAGGCUGCGCUGGCGCUGGUUCAGCCAUUCAUCCCAAGGUUCUGCCGGUGGUGGAGGGGGCGGAGGUGGCGGCGGUGUGGGAGGCUACAUCCAGCAGGAUGGCCUGGACCACAGAGGGACCCCUGUCCAGGGACGGCUGAAGAGCCACUCAAGGGAGAGAGGCAUCGGGGGGUUGAGGAAGACCAACAGCCCUGUCCACAGCGUCACGCCGCAAACGCCCGGGCCAACACCUGUCUACGUCAGGACGGGUCAUCAGUCGUGGCAUCACCUGCCCAACACCAUCCAAGGCCUGCAGGUGAAUGAGGAGGCUCCAAAGAGUAUUUCCUCUCCCAGCGCUACAAGGAAAGAGGAACCAAACACUGGCCAGAAAGAUGUGAAAAGCAGUACAGAGGAACCUGCAGAGGUGGAGGCCAGAGACAGGUUGGUUCUCAGCAAUUUCUCCAGAAUGAACACCAACUCCUCCGAUGAAUUUUUCCAGGCCACAAAUCAUGCAGAGCAGACGUUCCGUAAAAUGGAGACGUACCUGCAGCACAAGCAGCUGUGUGACGUCCUACUCAUAGCAGGGGAUCACAAGAUACCAGCUCACAGACUGGUCCUAAGUUCUGUAUCAGACUACUUUGCUGCCAUGUUCACCAGCGAUGUGAGGGAGGCAAAGCAAGAGGAGAUAAAGAUGGAGGGAGUGGAUCCCGAGGCCCUCAGAUCCCUGGUUCAUUUCGCCUACACGGGUGUCCUUGAGCUGAAAGAGGAAACCAUCGAGAGUUUAUUGGCAGCAGCGUGUCUCCUCCAGCUUCCUCAAGUCAUCCAGGUCUGCUGCAGCUUCCUCAUGAAGCAGCUUCAUCCGUCCAACUGCCUGGGGAUACGAUCCUUCGCAGACGCUCAGGGAUGUGUGGACCUGCUGAACGUGGCUCAUAAUUACACCAUGGAACACUUCCUGGAGGUCAUUCAGAAUCAGGAGUUUCUCCUGCUCCCCACGGCGGAGAUUGUUAAGCUGCUCUCCAGCGAUGACAUCAACGUUCCAGACGAGGAGACAAUUUUCCAAGCUCUGAUGAUGUGGGUGAGGUACGAUGUCCAGCACCGACAAAAGGACCUCGGGGUGCUCCUCGCUUACAUCCGCCUGCCUCUUCUUCCUCCGCAGCUUCUUGCCGAUCUGGAAAACAACAAGAUGUUCUCAGAUGAUCUUGAAUGUCAGAAGCUGCUGAUGGAGGCCAUGAAAUACCACCUGCUGCCUGAACGUCGACCCAUGUUCCAGAGUCCAAGGACAAAACCGAGAAAGUCCACUGUGGGGGCACUUUACGCCGUGGGAGGGAUGGAUUCUACCAAAGGGUCCACCACCGUAGAGAAGUAUGACUUGCGGACAAACACCUGGGUCCAGGUUGGAGCCAUGAACGGACGGCGGCUGCAGUUUGGCGUGGCAGUGAUAGACAACAAACUGUAUGUAGUUGGAGGGAGAGAUGGACUCAAGACGUCCAACAUGGUGGAAUGCUACAAUCCCAUCACCAAAGUGUGGUCCACCAUGCCUCCAAUGUCCACACAUAGACAUGGGCUCGGUAUUGCUGUGCUUGAGGGUCCCAUGUAUGCUGUAGGAGGCCAUGAUGGCUGGAGCUACCUGAACACGGUGGAGCGCUGGGACCCCCAGGCCAGACAGUGGAACUAUGUGGCCAGCAUGUCCACUCCACGGAGCACCAUGGGAGUCACCGCGCUCAAUGGAAAGCUGUUUGCAGUCGGCGGGCGGGAUGGCAGCUCGUGUCUGAGGUCGAUGGAGUCUUUCGAUCCGCACACCAACAAGUGGAGCAUGUGUGCGCCCAUGUCCAAGAGGAGAGGAGGCGUUGGCGUGGCAACGUACAACAACUUCCUGUACGCUGUAGGCGGACACGAUGCUCCUGCUUCCAACCACUGUUCCAGACUCUCCGACUGUGUCGAGAGGUAUGAUCCAAAGACGGACACGUGGACCACCGUGUCCUCUCUCAGCAUUCCCCGGGACGCGGUGGGGGUUUGCUUGCUGGGCGACAGGCUUUACGCAGUGGGCGGAUACGAUGGCCAGUCGUAUYUGAACACUGUGGAGUCGUACGAUGCACAAAACAACGAGUGGACCGAGGAGGUCCAUCUUAACAUUGGAAGGGCAGGCGCCUGCGUGGUGGUGGUGAAACUGCCUUGAGCCUUGUUUUUUUUCCCUCUCGCAACAGCAUGAGAAACAAAUGAGAGAGCAGCAAAGAGGACUGGACAAACAAAACAACAGAUUGAGGACAUUCCCUCCGAGAGUCAGAUUUUCCUUUUUUUUYCCCCUUUAACUCGGCUCUGCAGAUUUUUCAGAGGGAAACACAGACAGAGCCUUGCUCGAACACCAUUGUUUCUAUCAUUAGUGGACAAGUUUGCCCACUGGGUACGACUUGAAGGACUGGAAUGCGCUGCACAUUCUCUACAUUCUCACCCGAUUAGGAAUUUUCAUAAACUUGACCAAGGCUUUGGCAAAUCCUUGCCAAGAUGUUGCUGUUCUACUUUGUUACGCUAGUUUUAGAAAAGUUUAUGUGAAUGUCGAACAAAAAGUUACAUUUUGAGGAAAAUCAAACCCAGCUUCGUGUUAGUUUACACAUAUACACAAACAUUUCUUAUCAGUGCCAUCUCACACAGUAUAUUUUUUGGCCUCAGAUGACUCUUUAUAAAAAAAAGAAAAGAAAAGGAAMUUGUUAUACACUGUAACUGUGUUUUUUUCUACAAGAGUGGUCUGACCAGAUUGUUACUACUCAAUGAUUAAGACCACUGUGUUGAAGACUGAGGGUGGGGGUUUGGGUUAGGAAUGGUUUGAUGUACAGGGAUAUUUUUUUCUUUGAGCCUGUAGCAACAGAACACCAAAGUUAUUCAUUUGUCUCAUAUGUCUUGUUUUGCAUCAAACGAAGGUUUACAAAGUUGUGAAUCACAGAAAAUAUAUCAUAUUGAUAUUUCAUAAUGCUGUACAGAUUUUUUGUUGACACUGUAUUUGUGAAAUCCUGUCUGAGACCCCGUCUACACUCCUCCAAAUACUGUGCUUUAUUUUUCUCCACACGUUCCAACAAAAACAGUGUAAUGCUCAUGCCCAGCCACUAGGUGGCAACAAUAUUAACAUUAAAGACAUAUCCAGGUACAAAGAAACAACAUUGGCUGAAGAUUUUCCCAAAACGUAUUUCGUUUCUUUGAUGCURUUUACAGUUUUCUCUCAGUUCUUAAUGAUUUAAACACAUGAACAAUAGUUUGAUGAUAGGAUCUGGAUAAAACAAAGUAAACUUAGUAAAAACAGCUUAAUACUUGCAGUGUCUCUAGGGCAAAUACUAUUAGAGGUUAUGUCCAAAACAGAAUACUACAUCCACAUUUGUGAAAAAAAAUUGCAUGUCCACACAAAGUCACAAGAAAUAUAGAAAUACAUAUUUUUAAAAUCUCAAUUUUAGAAAACACUUAAAAAAUGAUAAGUUUUUCACACCAAAAAGGGCAUUUUUUAUUAGAGUAGUGUGGACGGGGCCUUAAAGCAAUAGUUCAGACAUUUUGUGUAAAAGUUAUGAACAAUUAAUWACAUACUUGUUGUAGACGACUUCAAUUUAGUACAACAGAGAUAAAUUCUGACUGGAUCAAGGAUCUCACAGCUGGUAAACUGAAGCUAAAGCUACUACCCAUUAAAAAUAAAAAUCCUCAAAUAUUUCAUAACAGUCAAUGUGAAUGCGAUUUUAUUCACGUUUAUUUCACCAUUUGUCUCACAUUAGUUAUUCCAGCUUAAAUAUUUUUGCAAUUUCUGCUGGACAUACCAGAGUUGCUUAGGCUAGCCAUGCUGCUUAUUGUGUUCACAAAUAACUACAGAAUCCUACGUAAGAAAAGCAAUCAUGCAAAACUGAUUGCAAUGUAAUGGUUUAUAAACUAGUGUUCAGCUGUGAUAAUUUGAGAUUUGAGUUGGUUUAAGAUGUUACCAAUCCAUUUGGGCUUUUAGCCAUCAGGCUCAAACUACGACUAUUUAAAGAGUUAUCAACAGGUAAGAUACUCAUUGUUCAUAACUUUUCCACCACACCCCACUUCAAAACAUGUGAACUGUUGUUUUAAUCUUCACUGUACGAUGACUAGAAUCAKUCAUUUGAUUUUCUUCUGCUAGCUAAGGAAAUGCUCUCUCACACGAAACACUUGAUUUCGGGAGCAUUUUUUUUUGCGGUGUUGUUUGAUGUCCAGCUCAUAAAUAUAAAAUAUUAUUAACUCACUGACGAUGAAAACAAUUUGUAACCAUAUGAAUAGUAUGUUUUUGGGGCCAAAUAUUGCUUUUUAUGUUUUUAUCAUACUUUUGUACAGCAUGAAAGCGAAUAAAUAAACUAACAUCAGUCUUCUCUGCACGA